UGUCUUGAACUAAACGGGGAAAGAAACACGUUUGAUGAUAAACGUUUUCUACCUCUCUCUUUGGCUGCAAUGUCGGACUGUCUGGACCGGUCCUUGAAGAUCAGCUUGUUGAAGGAGCCGGUCGUAAAGAAACUCUGUGAGGUGUUGGACAAAUCCGAAAGUAAAGGAUGGCGAAAAUUUGGAGAGAUAGUCUCCAAUGACAGGCGGUUCAAAGUCAGCUCAGACGACAUGGAGAUGUGCUCUCUCAGGGUGCUGGAGCUGGAGGGCAGCCCGAGCCGCAUGCUGCUGAGGCUGAUGGGAGAUCGAGGCUGCACCACAGGCCACCUGUAUGACUACCUCCAAACUCUGGGUAACUCAGAGGCCCUGCAGUGCCUCAAACAAUCAGCCUUGCAGAUCCUCAUCCAGCCCCAGUCAGUGGCUCUUAUAUCUGGCCACAAUCUGCGCCUCAGCUGCCAUGCCGUGGGAAAAUCUCCAAUACAGUACCAGUGGUUCAAGACAAAGGAUGAGGUGCCGAACAGCUUUUCCCCUGACCUGGUGAUAAGUCCAGUCCAUCCGAAGGACGCUGGCUUUUACAUCUGCAGGGUCAACAGCGGAGACACCUUUGAAUUCAGUCAGUGGGCUCAGGUGGACGUCCUGAAUGUCGCCACGUCGUACGGCCAGAGUUAUCAUCAUUCCUUAGAGGGUCGGCUGAAGGUGGUGAUCCAGCCUCAGUCCCAGCGGCUGCAUGUCGGGGAAACCCUGCAGCUGGAGUGCGGAGCCAUGGGGCGACCGAUUCCUCGCUACCAGUGGCACAAAAAUGGAGUCUCGAUCCCCAACGCCACAAAGAGAAAAUUCACGAUUCCUCACGUGAUGCAGGAUCAUCACGGCAGGUAUCGCUGUGAGAUCAGCAGCAGCACUGAAAGGAUGUGGACCAACGAAGUUAACAUUUUGAUCGGUAUUAAAAUCAGUUCAACUUGCCAUUAUGUCAAAGUGACUGUUUGCCUCUGUUCUUGACUAAAAGCACCACAGAUAUCUGUCCAGAUUUCAGGGGCAAUGGAGUGCUCUGAAGAUGAUGUUUACGCUAUUGGAGGUUCUGGUGAUUUCUUCCUAAAUAGUAUCCCAGACCAACUUUAUGCGACUGACAAAGUGGCUCUGCUGAUGGGCAACCUGUCCUACAAGAACCACCCGCAGCUCAAAGCCCCCAUGGUCGACGUGUACGACCUCACCAACCUCCUGCGGCAGCUCAACUUCAAGGUGGUUUCUCUGCUGGACCUCACGGAGUCCGAGAUGAGGAACGCGGUGGACGAGUUCCUGUUGCUGCUUCACAAAGGCGUCUACGGUCUGCUGUACUACGCUGGUCACGGAUAUGAGAACUACGGCAACAGUUUCAUGGUGCCGGUGGAUGCACCAAACCCGUACCGGUCAGCCAACUGUUUGUGUGUGCAGAGCAUCCUUAAACUGAUGCAGGAGAAGGAGACGGGCCUCAAUGUGUUUCUGCUGGACAUGUGCAGGAAGAGGAAUAUUCAUGAUGACAGUGCUUCAAACAUCGUCUUGAGGGUCACAGCCAACAUCGUCUUUGGAUACGCUACGUGCCAAGACGCUGAGGCUUUUGAGCUGAGCUCCAGCGGCUUCACCAACGGUGUGUUUGUCACGUUUUUGAAGAAGAGACUUCUCGAUGAAGAGAAGAUCACUGUGGUGCUGGACCGAGUCGCUGAAGACAUGGGUCAGUUCGAUGCUACAAAGGGGAAGCAGGCUCUGGAGAUCCGCAGCAGUCUGUCAGAGAAGAGAGCUCUGACCGACCCCAUCAUGCCCGGGGACAACGCAGAUCACGCUCACAGCCGCCAGUGGGCAAAAGCUCACGAGCUUCCUGAGAGUAUGUGUCUCGACUUUGACUGCGGCGCUCAGAUCAAGUUGGGCUUCGCUGCAGAGUUCUCCAACGUGCUCGUCAUUUACACGCACAUCGUUAAGAAGCCUGCGGACAUGUUGAUCUGCCAGGCUCACGUUACCGACUUCUCACUGGACCUGGAUGUAGAUCCUAAAGAGAUGAACAGAGAGACUCCAGAAGAGACGGGGAUCUACCUUCUGUCCAGCAGCCUGCCGCAGCACUGCCUCUACACCAGGCUGAGCUCCCUGCAGAAGCUCAAGGAGGAGCUGGUCUUCACUGUGUGCCUUCAGGGAACCUUCACGGCCAUGGAGGACCAGGACACCGUCCACUGGACCAAGAGCGUCAGCAUCGGCAAGCCUCUGAUCGCCCGGCUCGACCUGCACCGAGCCAUGAGGCGAAACAGCUGCCUGCAGACGUGCAUGAUGCCCCACAGUCCGUCCCACAGCCCCUGUCACAGCCCGGGGCCCGAACACCACCUCCACAUUCAUUACGGGCAACACCAGAACCAGGACUACAACCGCCUGUCCCCGCAGCACCACUGCCUGGAGGUCUACGAGCGUUUGCAGGGUGCGGUGGGAGGCUGCGGGGAGUCCUACUACGACAACGUCAGCCAGUCCGGUUACGGGCCGAUGUACGACUCGCCCGCGGGGCUUUCGACCUCGCCAAGCAGGCACAGCAUCCCCAUCGAGGCCAGUGACGACAUCAACGAGCUGCAGACGGUGUUCAUCAACAGUCUGCAGUUUCAGCACCAGUGAAUGGGUUACUGGGAGUCACUGAGCAUUAAAACGUCCCCUCAUGUCGUAUCUUAAAUCCUGCUGCUCUUUAUGUUACACCAUAUGAUUCUUUUAAAACCUUAUUUCCUCAAGUUACAAGCAUUAUUAU